GUCCCUCUCUCAAUGUUAAGAUUGUUGAGGGCUCUGGAGGUGCCCACUUCAUGCCCCCCAGUGAAACUCCUCGUCAGUCGGGUCCCGGUUUUGGCCGUGGUAGACAAGCAUUGCCGGGACCCAUGAUGUACCGUUAGGGGAAGCAAAAUGGUCAUUUUCCAAGAGAACCUUCUCUGAAGUAACAGAAACUGAGAAAAGUUGCUAUCUGCCCAGUGUUUUUCCAAGAUUCCCGCCUGCCUGGUUUCAAAUUCCAGCUUCUGUGACUUUCUGGCUGUGUGACAUUGGGCAAGUUCCUUCACCUCUCUGUGCCUUGCUUCCACCUGUGUACCACAGGGCUACUAAGGGUGUGUACCUCACAGAUCUGUGAGGAUGGAAUGAGGUUGGCAGACCAGGUAAGUGCUAACAGUUUUUUGCCAGGAUAAAGAAAGACAGGACCCCGAGAGGGCUAAGAGUCAGAAAGAACCUGGCCCAGAUAGACUCUGCCCCACUUCCUCCAGGCUGUCUUCCAGGCCUGCCUCUCGGCAGGCAGGUGCCCAGGGAGGACGGGCUCACCUAGCUCCAGCAGCCCAGUCACCCCGCCUCUCAUCAGCUCCCCGGAGGCCAGGGCGGAGUUUACCUGCCAUAAGGAAGGAUGGUUCUGGAGAUUUAUGCGUGAAGAGUUGACCCCAAGAGGAGUGAGCCCGCUGAGCCUCCCUCUGAGGCACCUGUCAUCCACUCCCCGGUCCCUGCAACAGAGAACCAGCCAUGCUCAGCAUCCAGGGGCCUUUCUUCUUCCUCUUUGUCUUCACGGCUUCCUUCAUAUUUCACCUUCAGCGGCGGAUAGUGAAGAUGCAACCCAUACUGGAGGCACAGAUGCUGGAACAAGUGACGACCGUGAACAGCACGAGCCACGCGCCCAGGGGCAUGUGGACGGUCAACGCGAUAGGCCGCCUGGGGAACCAGAUGGGCGAGUACGCCACCCUGUACGCCCUGGCCAAGAUGAACGGCCGGCCGGCCUUCAUCCCCGCGCAGAUGCACAACAUGCUCGCGCCCAUCUUCAGAAUCACCCUCCCGGUCCUGCACGACACCACGGCCAGCAAGGUCCCCUGGCGGAACUACCACCUAAACGACUGGAUGGAGGAGCGGCACCGCCACAUCCCCUGGGAGUACGUGCGCCUCACUGGCUACCCCUGCUCCUGGACCUUCUACCACCACCUGCGCGCCGAGAUCCUCCGGGAGUUCACCCUGCACGACCACGUGCGCGAGGAGGCCCAGAGUUACCUGCGGGGUCUGCAGGUGAAGGGGAGCCGGCCGAGCACCUUCGUGGGGGUCCACGUGCGCCGGGGGGACUACAUCCACGUCAUGCCGCAGGUGUGGAAGGGCGUGGUGGCCGACCGGCGGUACCUAGAGCAGGCGCUGGACUGGUUCCGGGCCCGCUACAGUGCCCCCAUCUUUGUGGUCACCAGCAAUGGCAUGGCCUGGUGCCAGCAGAACAUCGAUGCCUCCCGGGGCGACGUGGUGUUCGCUGGCAAUGGCGUCGAGGGCUCCCCGGGCAAGGACUUUGCGCUGCUCACACAGUGCAACCACACCAUCAUGACCAUCGGGACCUUCGGGAUCUGGGCCGCCUACCUCGUGGGUGGAGUAACCAUCUACCUCGCCAACUACACCCUCCCGGACUCUCCCUUCCUCAAAGUCUUUAAGCCAGAGGCAGCCUUCUUGCCGGAGUGGAUUGGGAUUGCCGCAGACCUGUCCCCACUUCUCAAGCAGUGAGAGCGGCCUGUCCUUGGCAUCACCUUCUCUUUUUCUGCCUUCUCCAGAUCCAUUCUGAGGCAUAAACAGCACACUGUUACCUACACCAGGACCCUUCCCUCUUGCAUCAGAAUACUCCUGGCUGCGAGUAACAGAAGUCCCAAGGAACUUGUUUAAUUAACAUGGCUCAGCGAACUGAGCACUGGUAUGCAAACCA